AUGACAACUUCCAUGGCCCAUCUUUUUGUUACCAUCUUGCUUGUGGCCGCCCACACGGCCUUCGCCGAAACAAACAUGCUUCAAGAUCUUUGUGUUGCUGAUCUCAAAGGUACCAAAGUAAACGGAUACGCAUGCAAAGACCCAUCACAAGUAACACCAGAGGACUUCUAUUACAUAGGCUUAGCCGCUCCUGCAGACACAUCCAACACCGCAACGGGGUCAGCCGUUACAGCAGGCAACGUUGAGAAAAUCCCUGGCCUCAACAUGAUGGGUACAUCCAUGUCUCGUAUCGACUACGCACCAGGUGGACUCAACCCGCCACAUCUUCACCCACGAGCUUCUGAAGCCAUAUACGUCCUCGAAGGACGUCUCUUCGUUGGCUUCUUGACCACCACUGGAAAACUCAUCUCCAAACACAUUAACAAGGGAGACGUCUUUGUAUUCCCUAGAGCUCUCUUACAUUUCCAGCAGAACCCUAACAAUGCUCCUGCCUCCGUGAUCGCUGCUUUUGAUAGUCAGAAUCCUGGGACUCAAAGUGUUGGACCGUCUUUGUUUGGUGCUAACCCUCCUAUUCCUGAUGACUUGCUUGCCAAGGCGUUCGGUGUUGAAGCACAGGUGAUUCAGAAGGUUAAGGGAAAAUUCCCAGCCAAGAAAUAA